ACACACACACACACAUAUACACACACACACAUUCUCAAUCCUGAGGUCACAGGAGAAUGCUAUCAACUGUUAUAAUGACAUUCUGUGCCUUUCACUGAAUUCCACAGCCAUUUUAUUUAUUCUUCAUGCAAAGAAAGGUGCUGACGUUUUAGAAAAAUAAACUUAAAAUGCAAUUACUAUAAGGGGUAAAGUCAUGAUCCAAGAUGAUGAUGACGUCUAUCAUCAUGUUUGUGUUCGGUGCAGGUGGAUAAACUGAAAGGAGAAGGCUGGUUUGCGCUGUCUGCUCACGUCCGAAAGCUUGAGUGACCGGUUUUCAACAGAGUUUAAAUUCAGAGAUUGAGAUGGACGAGACAUUUACAAACCCUGAUUCCAACAUCCCGAAGAACCUGCUGCAACUCUCACAUUCGUUCGGGUAUGACUGCAAGCGGCGAGGAAACCUGCAGCUGCUGGACAAGGACACACUGGCCUUCAUAGCUGGAAACAUGGUGGUCCUUCUGGACAUCAGCACCAAACAGCAGCGUUAUAUCCCCGGCACCAGUGGAGGAGGCAUCGGUGCCAUUAUGCCUCAUCCUAGUAGGAGAUAUUUUGCCGUGGCAGAGAAAGGCGAUCAUCCUGACAUCAUUAUUUAUGAAUAUCCGUCACUGCAACCCCAUCGUAAGCUCCGAGGAGGCACGGAGAAGGCAUACAGCUGUGUAAGCUUUAAUCGUGACGGCACACUGCUGGCGAGCGUUGGAGGUGCUCCCGAUUACAUGCUGACGGUGUGGGACUGGAACCAGGAACAGGUGGUGCUGCGCUCUAAAGCCUUCUCUCAGGACGUUUACCGUGUCACGUUUUCAUCAGACAAUCCCGACCAGCUCACCACCUCCGGCUCCGGACACAUCAAGUUCUGGAAAAUGGCUGACACCUUCACCGGCCUGAAGCUGCAAGGAAUGCUGGGAAAGUUUGGAAAGACCCCUCUGACAGAUAUAGAAGGCUAUGUCGAGCUCCCGGAUGGGAAGGUGGUCUCAGGUUCAGAGUGGGGAAAUAUGCUAUUGUGGGACGAAGGUCUUAUAAAGGUCGAGAUUGGACGGAAAUCCGGACGCACCUGUCACGCUGGGCCUAUACGGCAGUUGGCACUGUACGAGGGAGAGCUGAUAACCGUGGGUGCCGAUGGAGCAGUCAGGUGCUGGGAUUUAGAAACCAUCAAUACAGCAGACUGCGAGGACGACAGCGGACUGUUCGAGAUGGAGCCCAUGGGCGAGCUGAUCAUAGGCCGCAACGUGAGCCUUUCCUCCAUGGUCAGGAGCACCAUCCCGGACUCCAUGAUCUGGAUUGCACAGGAUUCUAAUGGAGGAAUUUGGAAACUGGACUUAUCAUUCUCCAAUAAAACCCAGGAGCCUGUGCGCCUUUUCUCAUUCCACGCUGGUGCAAUCGAGGGAAUGGAUGUGUCUGGAUUCAGUCACCUGAUGGCCACCACCACAUUAGACUGUUCUGUAAGGGUUUUCGACUUCCUUUCCAACAAGGAGCUCGCAGUCAGCCAUUUCAGACAGGGAGGAAGCACUCUCACCUGGGCCCCUCCUACGGUGUGUGGUGGUGAGGGUCUCCUGGUGGUGGGCUUUGAGGACGGCAUGGUGCGUCUCUUGGAUUUCUAUAAACCUCGGAGCCUCCAUGGAUUUAACACACACAGUCUCCCAGAGCUUCAUCUCAAACAGGCCUUCAAACCCCAUAAUGCAUCUGUGACAGCCAUCUCUUUCAGUCACAAUGGGGAGAUCAUGGCUACUGGGAGUUUGGACGGCACAGUGUUCUUCUUCUCAGUGGGGGACAGCUAUGAGCCAGUCGGUUUCGUGACAGUCCCGGGACCGGUGCAGGGUCUGCAGUGGACACCUCAGUCACAUGGGAGAAACGCUCUGUUAGUUGUAUGUCAGAAAGGCCAUGUUGUGGAGGUUGAUGCUCCCGACAUACAUGCGCCCACUACAGGAAACACAUACCACCUGGAGAACCUUCCCAUGAGGCACUUCUGCUUCCACAGCAUCAAAUCACGCAUUAAGAGGGACGAAGAGAUAGCCCGCAGACAGGCCAUGAAGGAGAAGAGAAAGAAAGAGGUGACGCUUCAGGAAAUUAAUGAUCAGGAACAGACUCCUACAGGGGAAGAGGGAGAGGGAGAAAAAGAGGGAGAGGGAGAAAAAGAGGAAGAGGAAGAGGAUCUGCCACCACUCUUUAUCCCCAAUCCCCCUAGUCCUCUUCACUGUGCUUUCUACUCAGCUGAGCCUGGAGCAUUCUGGCUUUCUGUGGGAGGCUAUGACUCUGGGUAUCUGUAUCACUGUAAGUUUUCGGAGCAGCAGUCGACAGACUUGUCAGAGAGGAGAGAUGAGCCGUUUGCUUAUGUUCCAGUCCAAGAUGCAGAUCACAACCCCAUCCUCACUGUCUGCUUCUGCGAAGCGAGGCAGCUGCUGCUGUGUGGGAUGCAGGACGGCAGCAUCCGAGCAUAUCCUCUGCAGUCUGGGGAACUGCAGCCAGCGCACAUGCAGACGUACUGGACACUCCGUGUUCAUGACGGCCAGUACGGAAGCCUCCGGCAGCUCCGUGUCAGCCACGACAGCCGCUUCGUGCUGAGCACCGGUGCAGAUGGAAACAUUUUCUCGUUCAGGAUGUUGGAGAAGGAGGGGAUGGAGGAGAUGGAGGAGGCGCUACAGAGGGGAUACGCCAAAGUGCCCUCGCCACGUCUCAGCCUGGACACGGAGCCCGCGCCUGUCGAUAUAGAUGACCCCGCUGCCUACAGUUUAGAGAUGGCUAAGCAGAAACAGGAGUCAGAUCGCAUGCUUCAGGAGGCUGAAUUAAAAAAGCAGGCGCGCCGUAAAACACUUGCUGAGUUGCAAAAUCGUUUCAAAGACCUGCUGCAGCGUAAUCAGAGUCUCCCAGAGCACAUCCGCCUGCAGCGCUCGGAGCUGGAGAUAGAUUGUCGUUUCCGUGAGGAAAUAGAGAGAAGGACAGCUGAGAGAGUGAAAGAAGUGAGGAGAGAAUUAGCCUGGGAGACGGAGAGAGUCCGGAUCGGCCUGCAGAAGCUGCAGGAUAGGUUCAUAAACCCAGUCGUGUGUGACACAGUGAUCGUGUCUGCGAUCCAGAGCGAUCAUAAGGUUUCCACCUACAGGUUGCUAGCUCCACCGGAAAAACUCCACCGGGUGAAGGAACAGGGAACAACCCUGCAACGUUCAAGCUCCGCCUCUCAGGAGCAGUGCGGCGCUGAAGAACAGAAAGACUUUCAGGCUGACGUCACCACAGUUCAGAACGCCGAGGAAGCUUUACUUGCCGCAACAGUGUUACAGCGAAAAAUGUCCCAGAGAGCCGGUGGCAAGCUGGCAGCCAGACAGGCGGAGAAACUGCGCAAGGCGGCAGAAAAAGUGGAGAAAGCCCGCUCCAAGAUAGAGCAGAGGAAGAGAGAAUGGGACGAACUCUACGCUGCUAAACCCAGCAAAGACGAGGAUCCGGAAGAUAUCCGUGCAAUCCAGUUGGCCAAAGAAAAUCUGGGCGACUUCAAAUUGAAGACGGCGAAGGACUACAUAGUGCCGGAGCACAAGAGGAUGACCGUGGAGAAAAAAGCAGCGCAAUUGCAUAAGCUGGAGGAGCAGAUCUACCAGAGGAAAAGCCAGAUGAAUGCACAGGUGUUAGCCCUGCGUGACUCGAAGGUGGCUCUCGUCUCCCGGUUCCGCUCCCUCAAGCACCAGCUGCUGGCUGUUCAGAAGCUCCUCCCCCCAGAGAAGCACCGCCCACCACCGACCACACCCACUCUGACAUCAGAGGAGAUGCCCGAGAGGGAUCUGCAGUACAGCCGCACCACGCUGGAACGUUACGCCGCCGCACGGGCCAAAAUGAGACAAACUGGCUGGGAUGACAUGCAGGAGGAGUCUCAGGAUGUUCUGGAGAUGAUGCAACAGGACGGUGUUGAAGACUCAGGUUCAGAAGAGAGACACACCGAGGAGGAAGGCAUACACACAGAGGAGGAGCGCAUACACUCCAGGGAGAACCUCAGCAACGUGGAGCAGGAGAUAUUAGAGAUGGAGGAGAAUCGCAACCUUUACCUGCAAGACAAACUGAUAAAACAGAUGGAGGAGGCCGUGCGCACUUUCGAUGCCCAGCUGUGUCUCCUGCGUCGUGAGAAGAGCAAGCUGGACGUACAGCUGAAGCUGGCUGACCUUCAACAUGUCACACUGUUCCAGGAGCUCCUGCUGCUCAAAGAGUUUGAGAAGAGAGAGAGAACGCCACAGGAGAGACGAAACACUUACAUGCAAGAGGAGAGAGAACUCAGGUCCAAGCUGGAGGAGUGCAAGUAUCAGUUGGAGGUGAAGAAGAGAGACAUAGCGAAGCUGCAAGAGGGACAGAAAAUGAUCGUGUCCACGUUCCAGGCUUCACUUGGAGAAAACAAGUUUGCAGAUUUCCUCACCAGAGUCUUCAUGAAGAAGAUCAAACGAGUAAAGAAGAAAGAGAAGCCUGGCAGCGAUGACGAAGAAGAGGACAGUGAGGAAGACUCAGAUGAAGAGUCAGAAUGGGACAGUGAUGAGGAUGAUGAAGAACUGGAUGGAGCUGGUGGCUUUGACUAUAGCGUCUGUCCUCCAAACUGUGACCCAGAGCUUUUUGAGAACACUAUAACUUUGCGGGAACAUCGUCUGGACUUGGAGGAGCGUCUGCAUGAGGAGAAAAUGAUAGAAGACAACCUGAAGAAGGAGUAUGACUCACUGACCAAAAAAGAGAAGAUAGUGCAGAGAAACCUGAAAGCAGUAGAGGGCGACCUGGAGCUCUUAAACCGAGAGAAGCAGCAGAAAAUCGAUGAGCUUGAUGUGGUCGUGCCACUGACUUUACGCCAGAUUGAGUGUGCGAAUAUUGGAAUGAUGCCCCUUGACAUGAGCGAGUCGCUGGUGAUGAACGCGGCGUCCAUGAAGCGUCUGCAUGAGCGCAUUAAGGAGCUGCAGCAGGAGAAGGACGCUCAGUGGCAGAUAUACAGACAAGAACAGGAACAACACGUCCAGCUCCGAAAUAACAUCAGAGACAUGAAGGCCAAGAAUCAGAAGUUAAAGACACAGUGCGAGCAGAUGAUGAUCAGGAAGUUUGGAAAAAUUGUGGAUCUAGCGGCUCUGCAGACUCUGAGCGGCAGCCGGAAGCUGGAAGAGAUGAAAUAUGAGAGGCAAGUGCGGGAGGCUCAGAACAAGCAGGAGCUCAAGAUGUUGCAGGUGCAAAUGGCCGCCACCAAGCAGGAACUGACCGACGUGAUCAGAGAGCACACGACACGUCUGCGCGGAUACAAUAGACUGCUGACUGAGAAACAGCUGCUGGAGGACAAACUCAAUGCCAGGCAGAGGAAGAUGAGUCAUCAGUUCCAGGACUCCCCGGAACCUGAUCAAGAGGACAUCCAAAAGCUGCGGCUGCACGUCCAGAACCAGGCAGAGAAAAUUAAAUAUCUGAAGCAGGAGAUCAGCACCCUGUCUCGCACAGGUGGCCACGUGCUACCCCCGCGUGAGCCAUGUUUGCCCCCCAUCCAUAGAAGCAAAGCCCUGCAGCGCCGGCGUGCUUUAACUAGACACAUUUAAGUCAAAGAGACUUUGGUCUCUGGUUGACUUAAAAAGCCACAACAGCAUGUUUUUGAAUCUGUAAGCUAUGUAUUUAUAUUUAUCCUGAGACGACUCAAGAUCAAUAAAGUGUAUA